AUCCUGAAAACACCCAGUGACAAAGAAGGAACUCCUAAAAAAUCUGUAAAUUUUCCAUCAACAAAGAAUGAAGAAAUGAGGACACCUACCGGUAAAAGGAAUCUUAGACAUAGAAAACUGCAGGCUUCAACACCAUAUAGAUUACAGAAGAGACAUGGGGCAGGUGAUUCAGACUCCAGUGACAGUAUGGGAGUCAUCUAGCUCUGACAGUGAUGAGGACAUCAAACCCGUGUCCUCGACCAGUAAGUCUCGAACCUCCUCAGCCAGUGCCUCAAACACACCAGCAAAUACUCCCGCAAAAUCUGAGAAAUCCUCUGCAACUCCUAGAAAGUCUCGUAGAAAAACAGAGGAGAUAGAUAUGAAGACUAAUGUGGAGGAAUAUUUUGACAUUCAUGCUAGUGAUGUUGGGCCUACGUCAGAUGCUACCUUGUCAAAGUUAGACGUGCCCCGCCUGGAUCAGGAAUCCCUCAUUAAUCUGCUGGAAAAUGUACAGUCGUCACAUAUCAAUGAAUGUAAACAAAUGUUUCAUGAACUUCAAGACAUGUUCACAAACUGGAUGUUUCAAAUGUGGUAA